AUGUUUAGACCGCCUCACCUCGGCGAAGCGAGCAUAAGGCCCAUCGACUUUAACCGCACCUCCCGUCGCAUGCUCCAGGACAUGCGCGAGAAGACCUGGGGCUGGGUUGUCUACCGCACAACCUAUCGCUCCGACCCCGCAUUCCGCAAAGCAAUCGAAAUCCUCACUUCCUGGAUUGAGCGGGGAGUCUACAAAGAUCUCCCCGAGUGCGGCUUGGAAAACCCGGAUCCCACGCCCAAUGAUCAGCCCUGGGCGCGACACCAGCUAACUGUGAUCGAGGAGCCAGCUACGCUGGACGGGUGCGGGGUCAUUUGA